CCCCUCCUCUCUCCCUCUCUCCACAUUCAGACUCCAUUACUUCCACUCAGCACACUGAGGUUUUCUCCCAGCUGAGCUCGCCGUCCAUCUGGGGCCAUGUUUUGGUUUCACCGACUCUCCCUCUGCCUUCUGCUCCUGCACCUGGCCGCCGCUCACGUAGUAUUCUUGGAUGAGGAGGCGGCCAAUCAGGUUCUGACCCGACGGAGACGAGACAACAGCCUUUUUGAGGAGUUUAAACAAGGAAACAUGGAGAGGGAGUGCAUGGAGGAGCGCUGCUCCUGGGAGGAAGCGCGGGAGAUCUUCGAAGACAAAGAUAAAACUGAUGAAUUCUGGGCCAAAUAUGUUGACGGUGACGCAUGCGAGAAGAGACCCUGUGCUCAUGGCGGACAGUGCAAAGACGGGAUCGGUAGCUAUACCUGCUACUGCCUGGACGGGUACCAGGGCUACAACUGUGAAAUCGUUAUUCCUGAGCUCUGUGACAACAACAAUGGCGGCUGCCAACACUUUUGCAACGUUGUCCGGGGAGGCAGUCAGUGCUCCUGCGCUGAUGGAUACUUCCUGGGAUCAGAUGACAAAUCCUGCGAAUCCAACGAGGCCUUCAGAUGUGGCGGCGUCAUCGCAGAAGACGUCCGGACCAUUUUCUGGUAUGAACGUCAGAACACAACGGAGGGGAACGCCACCGGGAUCGACGCAAUGGACCAGAACACCACCGGGAUGAACCAGAUGGACCUCAAUGCCAACUACACUGCUCAACUGCUCAACUCGUCCGUGCUCUUCAACAACAGCAGUGAAAGUCAGAUUGAUCCAAAACACUUAGUUUUAGAAGAGUUGGUUCGCCCUCAAAGGGCGGUUAUGACCCGAAUUGUCGAUGGAGAGGACUGUCCGCCAGGAGAAUGUCCAUGGCAGGCACUCCUGCUAAACGAGGACGAUCGAGGGUUCUGCGGAGGAACCAUCCUCAACGAGUACAUCAUCCUGACCGCCGCCCACUGCAUGAACGAAACACGCUUCAUCUAUGUCAAGCUUGGUGAAUUUGACGUGUUGGUGGAUCACGGCAAUGAAGCUAUUCACCAAGUGGAAACUAUUAUGACCCACAAUCGCUACAGGCCAAACACCUACAACAACGACAUCGCACUCAUCAAACUGACCGAACCCAUCAAGUUCUCCAGGUACAUCCUGCCGGCCUGCCUACCUCAGCAGGACUUUGCUGAAAAGGUGUUGAUGCGGCAGCCAAACGGUAUGGUCAGUGGUUUCGGCCGCCUUGGCGAGGGUCGGUCGACAUCUACCAUCCUGCAGCGCCUCACCAUGCCCUACGUGGAUCGGCUCACCUGCAAAGAAUCCACCCAAAUGCGCAUCUCUCCACAAAUGUUCUGCGCCGGCUACGACACAAUCGCCAAGGACGCCUGCCAGGGUGACAGCGGCGGGCCGCAUGUCACGCCCUACGGCAACACCUAUUUCAUCACGGGCAUCGUGAGCUGGGGAGAAGGCUGCGCACGCAGGGGCAAAUACGGCAUCUACACCCAAGUGUCCAAGUUCAUCGGCUGGAUCAGAGAAGGCACAAAUAAGCUGAUGGCCACGGGGAAGAGUGGCAACCGAGUGAGGCGGCACCAUGUCCCCAUCAAGAGGCUGGUUCUGUAAAACAGCGCUCACUUGUUUUCAUGUCUCUAAUCACACUUCAAACUUAAAAUGUAUCUGUUUUACCAAAAUUCUUAAAGCUGCAUUAAUUAUUUGUUUGGCCUCGUGGGGGCAGCAGAACAACAUGAAGGCAAACACCUGUCACAUCCAGCGUACACAAAGCAAUUUGAUCAUCUGAUUGACAGUGUGGUAUUCCUCAGGGUUCUAUUCUCGGUCCUCAAUAUUUACUAUUUGGUCAAAGCUGCAUUAACUGAUGUUUUUGGCCAUUUGGGGGCAGCAGGAGAAACUGUAAACACAUCUUAUGACAUAUUAUCAGCUUAUAAAACAUUGGUGGCUAACACGUUAGCAUCUUUUCUGUUCAGUAUUAUUGAAAAAGGAUGCAAAAAUAUUAUAAAUUCCUGCAAACAAAAAAUAUCUGUUUUCAUGUUCUUUUUUAUGAGAUGCUGUCAGGAAUGAGCUUUUUAAACUGGAUUUGCAGCAAAAUAAAGAAAUACAACAACAGUCAGAUGCAUGAAGUUU